UCUGGCGUCUCGGGGCAGCGGCAGCUGGGGCGAUGGCGGCGCCUUCGGACCCGGGCCUGGCGGCUCUGGAGGAGGAACUGACCUGCUCCAUCUGCCUCUGCCUCUUCAGCAGCCCCGUGACGGUGCCCUGCGGGCACAACUUCUGCGCCUCCUGCCUGGAGCUCUCCUGGGCCGGGCUGUCGGGGAACUUCAGCUGCCCGCAGUGCCGGGCCACCUUCGCGGGCCGCCCGCAGCUGCAGAAGAACACGGUGCUGUGCCGGGUGGUGGAACAGCUCCGGGGCUGCGCCGGGGCCGAGGAGGAGGAGGGGGAGGAGGCGGCGGCGGCGGCGGCGGGGUGCGGGGCAGAGGAGCCCCCCGUCUACUGCGAUAGCUGCCAGCAGGUGCCCGCCGUGCAGACCUGCCUGACCUGCACCGCCUCCUUCUGCCCCGAGCACCUGCGGCCGCACCAGGACAGCCCCGCGUUCCGCGACCACCAGCUCUGCCCGCCCCUGCGCGACCUGCAGCAGCGCAAGUGUCCGCAGCACAACAAGCUCUUCGAGUUCUUCUGCAGCCAGCACGGCAGCUGCAUCUGCUCCCUCUGCCUCCUCGGGCACAAGCUGUGUAACACCAGCCCCCUGGAGCUGGCCAAAGCCAAUGCCGAGUUGGUGCUGAAGAAGAGACUGAUGGAGCUGUAUAAUCAGAGUGAGAAAGCUACUCGAAUGAUGAACGCUGUGAAAACAAACCAAAGCCAAACUGCUGAGACAGCUUCCGUAAAGAAAGAUUUGCUGAGAAGUGAGUUUUCAGAAAUUAAAGCGUUAAUUGAAGAAAGAGAAAAUCAGACCUUAAAAAUAAUUGCAGAUGAAGAAAAAAGAGUUUGCAAUAAGUUUGAUUAUAUUUACGGUAUUCUGGGAAGUAAGAAGAAUGAAAUUCAGUCUCUCAGAGAUCAGAUUGAGAUGGCACUGACUGAAGUCGACGAUGUUCUGUUUUUGAAGAGAGCAACAGCACUGCAACGAACAUCAACAAAAGAUGCUUUUGUUCCUGUAAUUGAAAUGGACCAAAACUUGAUACAUUCCACUUACCAGUCUGUCAUUAACCUUAAAGACAUUGUGAAACUUUCAGUGACUCAGUGUAAGGAGAAAAAAGGGGAAGCAAAACUAACACCUGGGAAAACUAAGGCCCCUCCAGGGGCUCCUCCAAACAGACCCUUGGUUGGAAAAAAGCCUCUGGGACCACAGGAGAAAAAGAAACCUGCUAAAGUUGCACCAGCCACGGGAACACCAAAUGCUGCAGCUGCCCCUUCAACUAAAGAGCUUAUUGACAGCUUUCUGAAGAAAUCCAGAGAGGAGCUCUUGCAGUAUGCUGCUAACAUCACGCUGGAUUACAACACAGCUCAUAACAAAGUGAUUCUCUCUGAAAGAUAUACCAGGAUGUCUGUCUCAGACACUCCCAUGAAUUAUAACCACCACCCUCAGCGCUUCACCGAUUGUUCCCAAGUGCUGGGGUUCCAGUGCUUCAAGAGAGGCAUCCACUACUGGGAAGUGGAAAUGCAACAGAACAACUUCUGUGGCAUUGGCAUCUGCUACGGCAGCAUGGACCGGCAUGGGCCAGAGAGCCGCCUGGGGAGGAACAGCAGUUCUUGGUGUAUUGAGUGGUUUAAUGCCAAAAUAUCAUCCUGGCACAAUGAUGUUGAAAAGUGCUUACCCAACGUGAAGGCUACCAGGAUUGGUGUGCUGCUCCACUGCGAGGGAGGGUUUGUGCUUUUCAUGGCUGUUGGAGAGAAGCAUAACUUGAUCUAUAAAUUCAAAACCGAGUUUACUGAAGCCUUGUACCCUGCCUUCUGGUUAUUUUCCAGUGGCACUGUUCUCUCUCUCUGCCAAAUGAAACAGUAAGGUCUCGUAUCUUAAUGUAGUUCACCUAAGUACUUACAUGUAGAUAAUCAGUCCUGCAGCAACUCUUUGUAUGUCAAGUCUAAGAAGUCUUGAAGAUUAUUGUUUGAGAUGAAAAUUAUUAGCUCUUUUAAGCAGUUUGGGAAAUCUGCUGAUUCUUUGGUCUGAAUUACUAAAGCCUUUAGAUAGUGAUUUAGUAAAAUGUUGAUAGUAAAAACCGUGGUGAAAGGUUUUGCAAAGGCCUCAAUUGUCAUUCUAAAGGCAAAGUUACGAUACGAACCAUUUUGUGUCUUCUGUGGUUUGCUGUAAAGGAUCCCCAGAAUUCAUUUUCAGGUCUAAACGUGUUUCACAGGUAGCCAGAGCGCCUUUGAGAAAGAAAUAGGAAGAAUUCCUUGAGAAAUUCAGGUUCCAGGCUUUGAGAUAGGUCUCAGUGUUGCCUUUGCUAUAGGCAGACUGUUGUCCAUAGUCAGGAUUUGCAAUGCACAUGUUCUCAGUGUGUGACUCCGUGAGAUGGUACAGAAUGAACUAUUAAAAUCAGUAAGUUUAUGGCACUAAGUUAUAAAAGUCAGUAUGACAAAUCUCAUCAGAAUGGAAGUGCAGAGACUUAGAGUUGGUGCAUAAGAAAUGGUGUCAGAAUCACCAGGAAAUAAAUGACAUUGACUCAGAGACUGGGAAUAUGCCAGAGAGCCUUCAGGAAGACAUCCCGCAGAGCAGUAGUGUGUGCCCUGUAAUAGCGUAGCUUAUGGGAUGAAGCGUUCUGUCUCAUCUUCUGACCCAGAACGUGCUUCACAUCUUCACACUGAAUGCUCUCCAAUGGGGUGGGUUUUUCGUGUGCUGAGAAGUUCAGGGAGUGCAUUUUUGGCUUGCAGAGGGAGCAUAAACGUGCUGUUCGCUUAAAGCAGGGUCUGUUGUAGUAAAGCUUUUCCUCUUUGUGAGGCAGGAUAUUCUCUGCUGGUGUAUCUUUAGAAACUGGAUUUCCUACACGUUACUGUGACUCUGAUUUGAGGAGUCUCAGGACAGUGUGCACAGUACAUAGAACACACUGCUUCCUCUCUGCACGAAGCCUGCAGCCAGGUGGGUCUUUUGAAACGUACAGGGAAUUAGCACAAAGGAGAAUAUACUUCCAUUCCCACUGGAAUGGGUUUUUAAUUCUCCUGGUGUUCUUUGCUUUGGGUUGUGGUAUGUCUUCAGAAGUCCUCGCCAUGUACAGAGGAAUCUGUACUUCUGCAUUUCUUACUUAGAAUUUAAAACAAUCAGUAGGCCGUCAAGGUAUUUGGAUCUCAUAGUUAUUGGGCCUGUACCUUGUCGACGCCUCUGGACUUACCAUGCCAGCUCUGAUUUCUUGGAGUAGCCUGUGAAGAACAGGGAAGCCCACACGAGAAAUUUCCUGGACUUUGAUUUGUAAAACUUCCUCUUAUGGGACGUGGUGAAAUAAACCACAAAGCUACUGCUGGCAGUUUAGAAGGGAAUUGUUAGAUGGCUCAAAGGAACCUCUGUAACUACAUUUCACAUUAGCCAAGUGCUUUAGAGAGAGACUUGCAGGAAUUCAGGCUUGGUGUCUCUAUUUUUACUUGGUUUGUAAACUCUCAGUACUUUGUCAAGGAUAGCAUAAGUCUGAUAAGACGCUUCCAUUUCUUUGGCCAGAAUAGGAUACGGACUCAGUGGUGGAGCUAAAAGUGCCACGGCUGUCUUUGGAAUAGUUGUAGUAUCUCAAGGGCCUCAGCUUUCCAAAGCAGAGUCAGCACUACAACUACCAAACUAAGCAAAACACUUCAAAAGGUGCAGAAGGAGGAUGUGUCCUGGUAGGAGCCAACAAUGAAUGCAAAACUCUUCCCCUCCCUCCCCCCGCACUUCCAGUUUUUCAGCAGUGAGGGACAAGAGCAGUUUCCUCAGAAAUCCCGUCCCUUCAGCUGCUUGGCUGUCACACAGGGCUGCAGCUCCGCUCAGUCGAGCGCUGAAGGAGCGAGUCCUCUGUCCCCUUGUUCGUGGGGGGGAAGUGCUCCUGCGGUUUGUGCAGUGCAGAAAGUCCAUGGAUUUGUAAUGCUUGGUUCUUCACUUGAAAGGGGUGUCGAUACUAACCUCUAAGUCUAUGGGCUUCCUUAGCCAUAGUCUGGAGCGAUACUCAAGCAAAGUAAAGAGGAGCUUUUAUUCCGCCACGUUGGACAAGGUGGGAUUCUUUAAAAGUGACACCGGUGUAUGACCAACAGUACAUAACACAUAAGGUGUUCUGGAUUACCCCGGCAGUGAACCAAGCCUGCCGCCGUAUUCCUGAUUCGCUCUUUUAUUUGUUCCCUUUUUGUGCUAUGAAUGACUAGAAAUGAUAGAAUGAGGUUCUGUUAACUUGGAAUGAAAUGAGAAAUAUGUAAAUGAAUUGCUGCAUUUCUGAAAACUGUUGCUUUGGUUAGCUUCAACUGUCUUGGAUAUAUCAAAACAUUGGUGUGAUAGAACAUUAGAAAAAAAAUUAGUUACAGCAUACAUAAUGGUUCAAAAGCCUCUUCAACACAACUGAGGUGUUUUUACUUGGCCAGUAACUAUCAAAGCUGUACUGAUUUUAAACAAAACGUAGAUACAAGCAUAUGUUUUAAUUAUAAUUCUCCUUUUAAUACUAUAAAGAACCCAACUUACCCAGUCUAAAAAAAGAACUAAUUCUGCUGUUGAGAAAGUCAUGAGGAUGUGGAAUGAUUUGCAUAUUAACAUACAACUGACAGUAAAUAAGCAAACUUGCCCACUAAUCUGUUUAAAUCUUUUCUUCAAUUAAACAUAUCAGUAAAAGACUACAGUUAGAAAAAUAAAUGCUUACAUAACUAUAAACCUGUUGAUUGUACUGAUAAUCAGCCAUGUACUUCUGUAUUUAUACUAUAUGUUAUCACGUACGGAUGUAUCAGCUAGACACGCCUGUCAGGGCAGUAGACAUAGAUUUUUAUGCCAUCUGUUUUUUGACUGUGCCUGUAACUGGUUUAGAGGUUGUCUGUUGCUGAUCUUUUCAGCUGUAAAGUGAAUGAAUUGUGAUAUUUUGAACUCAAUAAAUAUUCUUGGUAAACCCUAA